GUGUAUAUAUGUGUAUUUACAUAUGUGCGCGAAGUGGCCGAGAGCCGGCUCUGUUUAUACUGCAUCAGGUGAAUGCAGCAGGAAAGACGAUGUUGGACUGUUGGAUACACCUUUCUCGAGUGCGUACACGCGUGUAUGCGUGUCUCUUGAGUAGUAUGGUAUGGUAUGGUAUGGAGCGUGCGCCCGUGCAUGUAUGGCGCUCAACCGGACUUCAUCCGCUCAGUGCGAGAAACACGUUCAGACGGAUCGGACGGUGACGACGGUGUACGUGUAUCCGUCGCGAUCGCGCAGAGGCCCCGAAUCGUUCCUCUCAUAUAUUCAUCGUGGUGCACGCCAAGGAGAUCUCGCGCGCGAGCUGUCAGAACGAGAGGACUAAAGGAAGCACGGAACUCGCGGAGUAAACUCGACAUUUCCUCCCGUGAUACUCCGAGAAAAGCGCGUCGAUCGUGCCGGGUGACGUGUUUUUAAGUGGAAACAAAAGAUGCACCGUCGUUGUUGAAUCAGCAAUCGCACUCUUUCGCGCGUGAAUACCCGCGAGAAAUCUCAGGCCGCUUCAACGCCUCGCACGCGAAGUGAAGCACAGAAAUUUGCACGAGAUGGAAUCGUUCGCGAUGGACAACAAGGGAUACCAUGAAGAGGAGUGGGAGCGACGGGCGAAGAUAAAGAGAAUGUUCAGCUGGAGCGACGGACUUCCCGGCGACGGUGGUGCGGGUACCGCGGGUCUCACAAACGCGACGACGAUGCAGAACAACACGGAUGCCACCGUGGACCUGACGACGGUGACGUCGAGCACCGUUCACCUGGCGACGCCGGGCCUGAACAACCCCACGUGGAAUCGUCAACAGGCCGUUAGCGUUAGGCAUGCCUUCAAGACUUACGGCAGCGCUAAGAAUCCGAAUCAUAUCUUACAGAAUCUCAAUAUGACCGUAGCCAAAGGCUCCAUAUACGGGCUGCUGGGCGCCAGCGGAUGCGGCAAAACCACUUUAUUGUCCUGCAUCGUCGGCCGACGAAGAUUGAAUUCAGGCGAGAUCUGGGUGCUGGGCGGUAAACCCGGGACGAAGGGCUCCGGCGUGCCCGGCAAGAGAGUCGGUUACAUGCCGCAGGAGAUUGCCCUCUACGGCGAGUUCACCAUCCGCGAGACCAUGAUGUACUUUGGCUGGAUAUUCGGAAUGUGCACGGCCGAGAUUGUUGAGAGGCUGCGCUUCUUGCUGCAGUUUCUCGAUCUGCCGUCGCAAAAUCGUCUGGUGAAGAAUCUCAGUGGCGGUCAACAGAGGCGAGUGUCCUUCGCUGUGGCACUUAUGCACGAUCCGGAAUUGUUGAUUUUGGAUGAACCGACCGUAGGUGUAGAUCCUCUAUUAAGACAAAGCAUAUGGAACCAUCUGGUUCAAAUUACCAAAGACGGUAACAAGACGGUCAUCAUAACGACGCAUUACAUCGAAGAGGCUCGACAAGCGCACACGAUCGGCUUGAUGAGGAGCGGCCGAUUGUUGGCCGAGGAGGCACCCAAUACACUCAUGCAAAUAUACAACUGCGCCUCCCUUGAAGAGGUCUUCCUGAAACUGUCCAGACAGCAAGGCCAAAGCGCAGCACCAGCGCAGUUAAACAUUUCGAACAAUAUCAGUUUGGCUCCUCUAAACUGGGGUAAGAAAGACGAGCCAGUAUACGUGACGGAAGAGUCCGGUGUCGUCGGUCUCAAUUUCCAUCAAAGCAAAGAGGCCCUGAUUUAUGACUCUACCAAUGGAAUAGCGAAUCACUAUGAUCAGAUAAAUGGUAGGCCUCUAUCAAAAGUAAAAGGCGGAUCUGUUCUGGAAUGUGACGAUUGCGGCAACUUUGCGAACUGCUAUAACAUCACCAGUACGGGCAAAAUCAAAGCGCUUUUGCAGAAAAACUUCUUGCGCAUGUGGAGAAACGUCGGCGUGAUGCUGUUCAUCUUUGCUCUGCCGGUGAUGCAAGUGAUUCUUUUCUGCCUGGCAAUCGGGAGAGAUCCCGAGGAUCUGAAACUGGCUAUAGUGAAUAAGGAAAUGUUUUAUGAUAAUAUGACGUGCCCCCUCGCGACGGAUUGCAGCUUCACAUAUCUCAGUUGUCGAUACCUCAAUUUUCUGGAUAAGGAUACGAUUACAAAGGAAUAUUAUGAAAAUCUGGACACAGCGAUGGACGCCGUGCGCAAGGGAGAGGUUUGGGGCACUUUGUACUUUACAGAAAACUUUACGGACGCUCUCGUGGCGAGAAUGGCCUUAGGAAAAGAUUCCGAUGAUGAAACUCUCGAUCAAAGUGAGAUCAGAGUUUGGCUGGACAUGUCCAAUCAACAAAUAGGUCUGAUGCUAGCGAGAGAUCUUCAAUACUCGUACAGAGAUUUUGCCAAGGAUCUUUUAUCCUCCUGUAAUCAGAAUGCAAAAUUGGCUGACAUACCAAUUCAAUUCAAAGAUCCCAUUUAUGGUUCCAAUGACCCUAGUUUUACGGACUUUGUAGCACCGGGUGUAAUAUUGACCAUUGUCUUCUUCUUGGCGGUCGCGUUGACGUCAUCGGCAUUGAUCGUCGAAAGAAUGGAGGGCCUUCUGGACCGAAGCUGGGUGGCCGGCGUGUCGCCCAGCGAGAUUCUAUUCUCUCACGUGGUCACGCAAUUCGUAGUGAUGUGUGGCCAGACGGCUCUAGUACUGAUCUUCAUGAUUCUGGUAUUUGACGUCGAAUGCGAAGGCCCUCUCGGCUGGGUCAUCAUAUUGACGAUACUUCAAGGACUCUGCGGCAUGUGCUUUGGGUUCCUAAUUUCGGCGAUUUGCGAACUCGAAAGGAAUGCCAUCCAGUUAGCUCUCGGCAGCUUCUAUCCCACGCUUCUUCUUAGCGGUGUAAUAUGGCCGGUGGAGGGCAUGCCGACGUUCCUGCGAUACGUAUCACAAGGUUUGCCGCUCACAAUGGCAACGACAGCUCUACGCUCAAUGCUGACUCGUGGCUGGGGCAUAAAAGAAUCGAACGUCCACAAUGGCUUCUUCUCCACCAUCAUCUGGAUCGUCGUGUUUCUCACGAUAAGUCUCGUCGUACUAAGGUUCAAGCGCGGAUAACCCGGAUAACUCGUAUCCUCGCGUUCAGAUUGUAUUCGGUGUAUAGUGCUUUGCGAACAAUUUCUUUUCGCGAAGACGGAACGCGGGAAUGCUGAAUCAGGGAGAAAGUGUUCCCGGAAGUUGAACGAAUCGAAAUGGCAAAAUGAACGAAUGUGUGUGACGGAUGCAAGACGGAUGUCGCGAAGAAUUGAUCAGGAUUGUCAAUCGGGAGAUUCGUGUUUUCACCUGGCACCGAAGCGAUCCUUAAGACAAAGUCUUCUUUGCGUGUUUAUCCGUAUUAUAGCUAGUUAAAAUUAAGGUAAUGUAGUUAGUAGAAUUAUGUAGAAGAGUUAUGUAAAAUUGAGGCAAAGAUUAUAACAAUGAAUGCGAGUAAAUAUUGUUGGCCAAGGGAUUUCUUUUUUCGAGCGCAUCAAGAAAUUCUAUUAUCCAAAAAGAAUCUCUUUCUAUUAUCCAAAAAACGUCGGUUAGCAUCCAAAAAGAUCUUUGUUGAACUACCGUUAUUACUCAAACCAGCAUCCGUAUAAUGUAUACCUGUAUCUUCGAUCGGCUUCGAUUCCAGGUGUCGACGCGUCGCCGAUACGAUCUCGCAGCAUUCUCCAUGAAUGAACCUUUGAUCCAUGUGAUGCUCCUGUGUACACUUGAUGCUUGUAAAAUGCGCGUAUGUAUGCCUGUGUUGUAUGUAUGAUGGAAUAAUAAAUAGUGUGCGCGAGACUGUCGCGUUUGCCUUGCAAAAGCGCGUAGAAAAUUUGUCUCUAUAUUUUUAAUCAGCAUCUGUGUAAAAAAUAGCGCGGAUCCACAGAGUUCUCUCUGUGAAUCUUCUCUCUAUCAAAUCUUCUCGAGAAUCGCGAUCGAUGGGAAUAGAAUAGAGGAGAUACAAAAGCCGAAUUGUGUGAGAGUACAAUAGAAAGUAAGUUUGUUUCAAUAAAAUUGAACUUCCUCUAAAAAUGGAAAAUUUUAAUUAUAAAAUCAUUUGCUAUAGAGAAGCAAACUGAUAAAGUAAAAUACUUCAAUACUUUGAAACGUUUCGUCGUGAUUUAUAUAAUAAAUCGAUAAUAUAAUUCGAUAAAAAGUGCGUACUCUGCAUGUUACACUAGAUAACAUAUAAUAUUUUAUUCCCUUUUAUCGUGUGAUUUAUUCGCGUCCGAGAUAUCGCGAAUAACGCUGUUUACGUUGCAUCGCGGACGGUAGAGCGCGAUGCUGCUGUCGCUGGACCGCGUGCAAUCCUCUCACUAAUCAUAAUCGUCCGAUAUAACACCUCUACGAAGCCAUACGAAAAUUUGGCACGGUGGAGGGGAAACCUGGUAAAAUCGAUCCCGAAUUAAACGGGAUCGUGUAUAGUUGAUGCUAAUAAGAGUUUAUAAGUUAUAAUGUAGGUAAUGAUAUAUAGCUGGUUAUAAAUCGUAGCGCAAUUUUACUUGCCCAUGACUUAAAUACAUACGUUUUAUUUAACUUUCAUAACGAGAUCGCGAAAGAAGGAGGAACGAAAGGGGGGAGUAAUAGUGUCGCGUGGCUAGAGAGUAUUUACCUUACGUUUACGUUUUAUUUACCGUAUUAUUUUAUACCGCAUAUUCCCGAGAUAUAACGAAACUUGUCACAAAUAAAAUGUAACAUCAUAUCGAAUCGUUAUCUCUGAUUAAUGAAUUUACGAUUUGUCUGCGCAUGAACACGAGGACAGCAUAAAAAUUGACUAAAAUUAUGUAGCAUACGAGAAAAUUGCAAGAUACACGGUAAUAUAUAUAAUUCGUGUGAUUACAGAAAUAACUAUCGCUGAUUUAUGUCUACAUAAAAUUUCAAUAUUGAAUACACUUCAUGUAGAGAUAAAUCAUUAGUCUUUGUUUUCUUUUUUUCGCUUGUAAAAUACAAUUUUUUUUAUGCGUAGAUCUUUGUUCAUUUCUUGUCAAAGAGAAAUUGCAUGCGCCAUCGAAAAUUCGUCAAUGACAAAGAAGAAAAAAAAAUUGUCCGAUAGUCAACGAAGAUAUGCGAUUCAAAAGAAAAGUUUGUAAAAACACGUGUAUAAAAAAUGUAUAUUUUAUUUUACUUAUAUAAACAAAAUU